GCUGCUGUGCAGGAGACAUGACUGGAGCAGUUACUGGAGGAGACGCGUCUGAAACUGAGGAGCAGGAUCAGUUUACGGCGCAUAAAGCGCCGCCAUGCGGACCAUGUGCUGGUAUCCGGUUCUGCUGGGUUGGGCUGCUGAACUCACUUAAAUCUCAGAUCUGUAGAUGACCAGUGUCUGUUUCCUUGCAGGUUUGUGGUUCUGAUGGUGCAUGUUGGUCAUCUGCUGUUUGAAGGACGAGUCAGCUUGUUCUGGAGGUAGAAUGGUGAGAUUUGUCUCCUUCAUAGGCUGGAAGGCGUCAUAGGUGAACUAGGCCUCUUGUCACCAGCACAGAGCUGAACUCUGGACCACGACCAGCUGCUCCCUGUGUCUGGGGGCAGGAAGUGAUCAGUGCAUCGUCUGGACCUUCAGGGAAUGUCCAAACGUGUCUGGACGGGGACGGGCUCAUCUACAGCUGUGAAACAUGCUGAUUGGACACUGUUUCUGCCAGUCACUCUGUGGCCUCCAUCUGCACACGCCUGACCUGAGAUCAGUUGACCUGAGGUGAGAUCUUUGAGCAUCCGUGGUACAGAGCAACCAGCCACGACAAACACGCAGCUGCAGAAACACCACAGUUCACUUCAGCAGCUCUUCUGGCUCCAGACGUGCUAAACAUGGUUCAGACAAGCUGCAGAGCACAGCUCUGAAUGAAUAAACAAGACUGAAUGUGGACCAGCGCUUUAUAUGACAAGCACAGCAGCAUCAUGACCCAUAGGAGCAGAAAGUGAGACAAAGGACUGGCCCAGGAUCAGGUGGGAGGAGCAGACGGAGGACAGCGCAGGAAUGCGUCUUUUGUUGUGCAGCUGAUGGAUGACCACAGCUGGAGGCUGGAGCCACAGGGACUCGUGUGUUUGUGGGUGUGAUGGGCGUGAAAUUAGAUUUUAAGGUUAUGUUCUCAUGUGCCUCGUUUGGGUCAGAUGUUCCUUGUUUGGAAGAUCAGCAUCGCUGAUGUGUGCGCUAGAGGAAUCACAAGCCAGAGAUCUGCUGCUCAGUGACACUGAAGCAUCCUGUGAAUUAUUGACGCUGCAUUUGCUGCUUCUGUUCAUGUAACACACGUGGUGACCCGAUGCCUUCUCCCUGCAUGCUCAUGUAAAAUGCAGGUUGCCGUGGUAACCAACCAUUCAGCUACAUCUUUGUUUUGUCCUCCUGUGUCCUUCACCUCCAUCCUUGCUCUCCAUCAGUCAGCAGUGAGGUUGAGGGGUUGGAGGAUGGGAGAAGAGUCGACCCAAGGGACCGGCAGCCGCCAUCAUCAGUCAUGGGUUUCACCUCUUCCUUUACGUGGAACGUCAGGAAGCAAAGCCUGCUGACGACUGCUCUAAAAGUGGGUCACAUAAAAGCCAGUGGUUAUGAUGCUACAUUAAUGAAAAGUAAGUGGAGCCCAGUGCCAGCUUUGGUACCAGUCCUGGUACCAGGAUGGGACCAUGGACCCACCAUUAGAGGGGGGAGUCCAUGGCAAGAAGGGAGGACGGACAGAGGGGGAGAAGAGGAGGGAUGAGCUGACACACAUACAGCACAGAGCAUCAGUCCCUCCCUCCCUCCCUCCUCCGUCUCUCUCUCUCGCUCGCCCGUUCGCUCGCUCGCUGCCUCACACAUGUGGAAGCCUUCUCCCCUCCUCACACACAUGUCCAAACUCAGCAGCUAAUUUGCUCCUCUGAAGGCGUCCGUCGCUGCUGCGUGUUGGAGGGAAGGUGAGAGGAUCCAGAGUCCAGAGGACGAACGAGCUGGAAGCAGCUUUUCACACCGCGUCGUCCGAUCUGGACACUGCAUAGGAAUCUGCUGCCACGGCAACCGACAGCUUGGAGACAGGAUAUCUGAGGUGGACUAACCAGCUCUCUGUGACGGGUCCGGGUUAGAGCAGAAGGAUGGCAGUGGAGGAGAAGCCCGGUGUGAAGCGCAGCAGCUCCAUCCUCCCCUGCUUCCUGUUUGUGGAGCUGGUGAUAAUGUCUGGGACGGUGCUGCUGGCUUAUUACUUCGAGUACACAGACACCUUCCCUGUACACAUCCAGGGCUUCUUCUGUUAUGACAAGAGCUUCUCUAAGCCCUACCCCGGUCCAGACGACUCCAGCAGGAUCCCCCCGGUGCUCGUCUACUCGCUGAUCUCAGCCAUCCCUACGGUCACGAUCCUGGCUGGGGAGCUGUGUGUGUUCGUCACAAAAGCAGCUGCAGCCCAAGAGAAGACCAUUGUCACGGCAGACUGCUGCUACUUCAGCCCACUCCUAAGGCGCAUCAUCCGCUUCCUGGGCGUCUACGCCUUUGGCCUGUUUACCACCACCAUCUUCGCCAAUGCGGGCCAGGUGGUGACAGGAAACCAGACCCCUCACUUCCUGUCCGCCUGCAGACCCAACUACACGGCGUUAGGCUGCCAGUCUACGGCGCAGUACAUCACAGAGCGACGCUCCUGCACGGGCCACCCUCUGACCGUCAUGUCUGCUCGCAAGUCCUUCCCGUCCAAGGACGCGGCGCUCAGCGUCUACGCUGCUCUGUACACGGCGAUGUACGUGACUCUGGUCUUCAAGACCAAAGGGACGCGGCUGACCAAGCCCACCAUCAGCCUCACGCUGCUCUGCCUGGCCGUGCUCGUGGGGGUGAUUCGAGUGGCCGAGUACCGAAACCACUGGGCCGACGUCCUGGCGGGAUUCUUCACAGGGGCGGCCAUAGCUGUGUUCCUGGUGACUUGUGUGAUUAAUAACUUCCAGCAGCUACAGUCUCCUCCUCCUUCUCCACCGCAGCACCAUCGCCCAGAAUCCAUGCUGGGCGUUCCUAUGGUGACGCUGCCCUGCGUGGACAGUCCACUCGAAAAGUUAAGUGGCCCUCAGACUCAGCACGAAUCUCCGUUCACUGAGAUCACAUGACCAUCAGCCCUAUCGGUUCCCCGCCCCCCCCGAUGUCCUUAUACCGUCUCGCUCCAUUUCCAGCGAAGUCUAGACGAAUCGGAGCGGCGCCCACCGGGCUGCGCCGCCUCCCCGGCCGGGCGCCCUGCGUCGCUGCACCGCUCCUACUCCACGCAGGUCUAGCUCUCCUGGACUCCAGCUACUCUCGCAACCCCUGGGGAACCGAUAGUGAAAAUCUUCAAAGACUACCUCCUUCGUGGAGCUGGAGUCAGGCACACCACUCUCCUCAGAGUCCUUAGGUAUGAACUUUCAUCCGUUCAUGCCGGCUUGAAGGGACCGGUUUGAAGACGUGACCUCUUCUAACUCAUCCAGCACCUGCUCAGCUCAGCGUCAAAGGCUCCGUUCACGUCUCUGAGGAUGAAAGAAACUCUUUGUGUUCUUCUCUCUGACGGUUCUAAAAACAGACAUGAAAUAGGUUUGAUAAGACUGAAUUAGUUUCUUCUGCUCUCGUCUGGAGGUUUGCUGUAGUUGCACCAUUACUGUAUUUGCGUUGAUGUUAUUUAUUAAUGCCUGAUGGUGCCACAGUUUUGCUAAUUUUGAUUUGCACAUUCCCUCAGUUCCAGUUUUCAUCUGUUUCCACCAUCUGUUCACUGUGCUGUGAAAUGGACGACACCCAACUAACACCUUCAGAAACACUUGCAUGCUUUGUCACAUUCCUCCAACCAUCAUUAACAAAAUGUUUUAGGUGACCUGAAGUUGGGUUCACCUUGUUGUGGAGGUCAGAGGUCAGAGGUCAACCUCAGCCUAACUGGUUUGGUUUGUUCUUUGUCUUCAUGUCGCUGUAGGCUCCUCAGACCUUGGACAGAGGAUUCAAGUCAUUGUACUGCACUUGUUACUGUCCCUUUCUUUAAUCCUCUUUGUUUGGCUGGGACCGGUUUGUAUGAUAUUGUAAAUAUUUCUUUUUUGUACUGCCUGUGGGAUUUGUACUAACACUGAGAGAACAGUGUGUGACGGUGCUGAACUAACACCCAGGCAGCUCUUUGUGUUCAACAGGUCAUCACGUUAAGCUUUUGAGGUGAAACACAUUAGCAUCAACGUAACACAUUAGGUUCACAGACCACCCACAGGCCACAGAACUGGGCCCGCAGGCCAUAGAACCGAGCUCAUUCAUGUCCACGUACUCAUGUAGACCAGGCUACUGCAUCCAGUCAGUUCAUUUAUCACAUGGCUUUGUUUCUCCAAACCUGCUGCUCUUGUUCCUGUGGUUCUGCUUGAGUUUAGCUACCUUUUCACGAUGUGAACAGGUUCUAGUGGCUGCUUUAACCCCUGCAUUGUGUUUUCCUGACAUCACCAUUAGGAAGCUCAGCUUCGGGGUCAGACAAGACACUAUUACUGAGCAACAAGUUUAAUUUGGCUGUUUAAGGACCCAGAUGUCAGAUGUCCGGUCCAGUCUCAUGUUGGCUCAGGCUUCUGUGUUUCUCACCAGCUUAGCCAUCGUCUCCACAGCUUGAGUUCAGCUCAAAGACAAACUGGCAUCAGACACGUGUCUGUUGAGCCUGUGGCACAUUCCCUGUUUUGUAAAGACCUGUGUGAUCAGAAAAAUAAAAGGAACCUCCAGUAGAA